AAAUUUUCACAGGUACCCAUUUAUGAAAUCAUAGAUCUCAUCUAUUGCAAUUGGCUCCUACCACCCCGAUGUUUAAUUUUGAAAUUAAAUACAAAGAACACACCGAGAUAUUUUAGUCGACAAAGUGAUUAAGUUUUUGUCACGAACAGUUUCCCAAGAAUACGCGCACCGACUGAAGACUCGCAUAACUUUUUUCAGAAUAAAAAGACAAACACCACCGUCGCAGUCUCUCAACUGCAAUGCAGACAGAAACAACUGAUUGUCCGAUAUUGACAGAAUUGGUAUUCCCUGUGAAAUUCAACCCUCAAUAAGCACUCGAGCUUCAUCGAGCAGAAGAAAAGAGGAACGUUACGGAAAAGCGCAGUUAAAAAUAUCGGAGCAAUCAAUUCUGUUACAUAUAAUUCCGUUAGAGUACCGGGUAGUCGGAUAAUUCUAAAAAUUCCCGGGGGUGUUGAGAGAAGUCGAUUACAAAACUUGGAUAGCUACAUGCAUUGAGUCGCGACGUACAUGUAGAUGGUUUCGAACAGCUGAGAUAACUCUAUCUAUAUAUACGAUGUCUGGAAUUGUAUCAAUAUCUUCAGUUUGACGAGAGACGUAUAAGAAAAAGCUUUCCAAACAAUGAAUAUACUAUAUACUUUAAAUCAAAGAGACACCAUGCUAAAUGAGAUGAGAAAAAAAAGAGUAAAAGUGACAACAUAGCCAAGUAUUUUUUGUAUAUUGCUGAAUCAACAAAUAUACCGGUGAGAGUUUAUGUGAAAUCAUGUCAUAAGAUAACCUGCAAUGCCAAGGAGACCUGAUAGACCGGCUGAGAGCAGCGCGUCGCUAUCCGUGAAGAUGAUCUGUCCAUCGCCGGAAGAGCUGAGCAUAAUAAAUAACAAUGUCAAAUGCGAGCAAUGCGGGCUUGUUUUCAGAAACGAACCGCGUUACCGGCUACAUAAUCUCAAGGUGCACCAGCACAAAAAGUUAGAUAAAAUUGCAAAGGAAAAUGCACGCUAUCAUUGCCCAAUACAGUCGUGCGUCUACGCUGUUAAUUCUCAGAGAUAUUUUAACACCAUGAAAUACUUGAAGCAGCAUUAUUUGAAGGUACACGCAGAAAAAAAUUAUGCGUGUGAUCGCUGCGAUAAGAGUUUUUCCACUGAAUCUGCUAAAAACGGACAUACAAGAGUCUGUGGCAUAGAAUUCACAUGUUCCUGCUCAAAGACUUAUGUCACAUAUGAAGCAUUGCUUACGCAUGCAAAGCGAUCUCUGCACACUAUAACGGAAAAUUAUAAAAAUUCGCGACAUACCAACUCCAAGACAACACAAAUUAUCUUACCUAGGAAAAUUAUAAGUAAACCUGUCUCGAUACUACCCAAUCCAGAUAAAUCUGGAAAGAAUAAUGAAAGUAUUAAUACGAUAAAAAAUACAUCCGAUGUCGGAGUACAGACAGACGAUUAUAAAAGAAGCAAGAGACCGAGCCCAUUAAAAUUCAAUAAUAAUAAUCUACACAAUACGAAACGUCGAAUAUCUCAGCAAACACAAACCAAUCAUUUUUUUAAGGAGAAAACCUCCGGAAAAUCGAUAGAAACACAAACACCACAAGCAAACAGAGAAGUACCGAAGAUAAAUAAACGUGGUGGAAAGUAUCGCGUAUUGUCGAAACAAUCAGAACAGACGUUGCUAAAAGAGGAUCUUAAUCUUGGCAACAAUUUCGCAUCGACCAAUUUAUUUCCGGCUAGUCCGCUGCCGCUUCGUCACGACGUGGGCUUGCAGGAUUUCUGGGAGGAGAAGAAUACUUCAGGCACGCAAACGAUACCAGAAAAAGAUAUAUUCGAAGCAUUUAAUGAUAGCGUGACUCAGACGGAAUUUGAUACAUUCUACAAUCACAGUCAUAAUCCUUUAAUGCAAUGUGUACCGAAGAGUACAGUAGCUUUAAUGACUUUGCCUUAUGUCGAAGAUACGUCAGCGGUUGAAGGGUAUUCUUUCGCUUCGACCGAUGGGAUGUCUCAGGCAGAUCUUAUGCUAAGCACUAAGACAUUCGAAGACAGAUUUAGCAGUAUAGAAACACAAACCGAACAAGCCUUUUCUCCUUCGUAUUUUUAUUCCGAAUCUUUCGGGUCGAGACCGUUUGCUUUAAGUUCAAACAUUGAAACGCAAACUACAGAUAAUCUAGACAACAUGGACCAACUGCUAUAUAGCAACACGUACACUCAAACAUGCGAUAAAAUGCUGUCUUCCGAUUUAGGACUAUCCAAUAUACAGACUCAGACUGCUUGGUCGCACGACGACACUACAGUUUCUACCGAGACUCAAACAAAAUCGCUUAUUUGCGGAACCGAUUGCAACAUUCCCACUGGAACAUGUAGAUCCUGGUUAAAUACACAAACGAGUCAUACCGAAACACAGACCGAUCUACUUAGUAUUUUCGAGGGACUUGAAUAAGAUAUGUUCUUUUUUCAUUGCAACUUCAAUAAGUUA